UCAAGCGACGAGUUACUUACUCUGCUGCCACUGUGCAUUUCCUUGUAACGAUACCCUAGCUUUGCUCUCUUGUCCUCAGGACAUCGAACAAGGAAAUGCUGUGUAGAUUGCUCUAUGCGAGCUAAGUCGCACUCAGUCUCAAGUUUUGGCAAUCUUGUCUUGAUACUUCGCCUUUGGAUGACAUAACGCACAUACAACUAUCCAUCAGAUCGAUGCGUACUUUGGAUGGCUCACCUCGCAGCAAUGAUAGUCAUCAAUAAAUAUGAAUUAUUUGCAUCCUCUCGAUAGGCUCAAUCUCGCGACCGUACCCUAUCCCAGAGAAUACUGUCUACUGUUUUCAGCAGCACUCGGUGACAUGAGGUUCACUUACUUUGACGAAGAAUUGAAUCGGGCGUCUAUUUUCAGGGUGAUGAUGACAUGCUUCACACUGCGGAGCCAAUUCGACAACGUGCCACUAGUCGCCAUAAAAACUCGUAUCGAUCUCCAUCAUCUUACCACGACCAGCAUGCAGACCCUCAUCGACGACCUCGAAAAGUCGUUCUCUAAGCUUUCCACGAAAGACGAUAAGAAAUCGGCGUUGUUGUCAUGCAUGGAAAGGCUCGGAAGCGAUUCUCAAGGAUCUCUAAUUCAGCUUUACGGGUGCCCUGGUAUCCCCAAGAGCGGCAAAAACGUAGAUGACAACGACCGGAAAGCCUUAGAAGGCCUCAUCGCACGUCAUGGACUUCAAGAUGACUUAUUCGACGUCGCAAAGGCGCUACGGAAUGAAAGUCGUUUGGCGCUCGGGACCAAGAUGCCGCCUCCCUUGAGCCGUCUCGGUUGCGCAAAUCAAAUCAUCUCCAAGUCCCAAUUUUGCCCUAAAGAUGGAACUAUGACCUGUUCCGGAUGUUUUCUCGUUCGAUAUUGCUCGAAAGAGUGCCAGUCGACCCACUGGAAAUCGCACAAGCAAGAUUGUAAAAAUCCAUUAAAAUCAACGUCAUGGUCGCCAGCAUGGAUCAAGGAGAAGAGGAGCCCAGCGUUCAUUGACGAUGACGACGUGCCACCAAGCCAACUUUCGAUGCAAUCUCCAUUUGGAAUGGGCGUGAUUUUGUGGGGGAACAUCGAGGCUAUCGAUAUCAUUAGCGCCAAGCAUAACGAGGGGCUAGAAGAUAUACGGAACAGAGAUCUAUCGAUAGCAUUCAUAGCUUCCGGAGAUCUACGAAACGUUGUCAGGACCAUCAAUGAGUUACCAGAAGACUACUCCGGGUCCAUCAAAAUUGUCCUCAAUGACAAAAAUCCCAUGAUCGUCUGCCGGAACCUCCUAAUUCUCUCCAUUCUUGGUGUUAUCGCAGACGUUGAGGAAGGAGCCGAACAUGCUCUUCACCUCUGGUACUCUGUUUUUCAGCCUCUGUCUUACCAGACGCGCAUUCUUCUACAUCUCUGCGAGUCUGCUACCUUUAAGAAUCUUAAGGGGACACCCUCUCAGCUUACAUCUUCUACCACGAUGCACACAGUAUUCUCCUCUCACACUGUCGAUUUUCUUUCCCAACAGCUUUCGAUGGAUUAUCGCGACAGAUAUUAUGAGGCCAUUAAACCUUCUCAUAGAGUUGCAUUUGAGAGGUGGCGUUCAUUCGGGCUCGUUUUACCCUUUGGGGCCGCCAACUCUCAUAUGGCUAUCCCGAACAAAUGGCUCUUCACUUAUGGACAUCUCAUGCUCAACGAUUGCGCUAAUCCCUUCGAAGGAUGGAAUCUCGACGAGAUGUUUAAGGCCGGAAAAGCUCAUGGCACAACCGAAGACGAUUUGAUAGGUUGCCUAUUCUUCUACGUCAAAAACCAGCUCGUCGAAUUUUCCAACCGACUUCGUCGAUUCAAGAUACAUAUAUAUUCCUUUGAUGAGGACGCCCGAGUGCUUCAGAGAACUUUGAAAGGCGGCCCAUCAUUUCCGCAAAGCUUCGACCGCAUUGAAGUCUCAAAUAUUGUCGACAAGAAUUACGUUGGGGAUGUCCCUAAUCCUCACGCGGCCAUUGUCGGCCUCUUUAUGAACUGGCCGACAUGGAAAGAAUCCGGCAAUGCUCUGUCUUCAGAAUCAGCUGGCAGUCGUGCGAUGAAGAAGAUGGCCGCUUGCCCCUAUGCAGGAUUUUCUCCAAAACUUUCUCCCGGAAGGAUGAUGAGCAUCAUGAACAAUCUGAAUAUGUUCCACGACACGUCUCCUGCUUUCGAAGAGUAUUUGAGAGACGAGAAGGAGGCUGUAAUUGCUCGCAAGGCUGGACUUCGCCGUCGACGUAUCCAUAAAAUCGUGCCACACCGUUGCUACACCAAGCUUGGUAUGGCACAAAGCGAACUUCCAUCCAUCGACUCGGCGCAACGUUGGUAUAGGGUGGCAAGUCUUCACGAUCGUCCUUUAUGUUUCCAUACUUCAUCGCGUUAUUUUUCAGGCUUCCCUAGGUGGAAUGACGUAUUUUGAGCGCUAUGCCGAGUGGGCUUGGCGACAACACAGCUAUAGUCUGGGAGAACCGUCUCAUUGAUAAUCGAAGAAUAGUAG